AUGACUGAAAUGAGUUUAGAAAGGUUUAAGUCACUUCAUUGGCAACAACCUGGAGUGCGGGACUUGUCGGAUGGCGAACCCCCAUAUAGCGAACACCAAUCGGUCGGUGAUUAUGACAUUAAGCAAAUGAUUUCCAGCCAAGACGAGAGUAUUUACGACCUGUUUAUGAAUCUAAUACCGGAUAACAUAAUAGCGGCCACAUUUACGACACACUAUACAGCACUGGUAGCCCUCGACCCCCACAACCUGACCCUGGGCUACAAGAAAGUGUCCGAACGGGCCUUUAAGCCAAAUAUGUUGGGUUUGUGUGUAUUCUCACUAAUAUUGGGUUUCGCUGUUUUGCAAUUGGACUCAAAGGCAGACACUAUUCGCCAAAUUAUGCCAAUCGGGAUGUUUUGUUGGAUGUGUGUAGAAGCAAUUAAAAUGAAAUCCCCAGAAAAAGUUCUAGUUCAAUUGGGUUGGUUUUUUGGUACAGCUAUUAUUGGCCACUUGACAAUCUGGUUUAUUUUAUACCCGAUCAUAUAUGUGUCAAUCAUACGUAAGAAUCCGUAUAAAUUCUUAUUUAAUAUCAUUCCAGCAGUUGUCGUAGCAUUUGGCUCUUCUUCCAGUGCAAUGACUCUCCCGGUUACAAUACAGUGUAUGGAGGGUAAAAAUAAAUUAUCCAAGGUAGUUUCGCAAUUUGUACUACCAUUGGGAAUGACACUCAAUAUGAAUGGAAGCGCAAUGUAUUACCCGAUGGCCACCCUAUUUGUCGUUCAAAUGCAUGGUUUGCCAAUUACUUUUCAAAUGCUGCAUAUUUUCACUUAUUAUGACCAUGUCACUGCCGGGAGCUCCGACUGGUGGGGAAAGGUUACGUACUAUGACUAAUAUUAUGGGAGAUUGUUUCCUUGCGGCUAUUAUACAAAAGUUAUGUGACAUAAAAACCGAUAAUAAC